AUGUAUGAAGUUGUUACUGAGCAACAUACCAACAUGUUAGACAACUUAAACUUUUGUCGUUCCAAGCGUGAAUUACUUCGCAGUGAAAUCGUCAGGACUAAGGUGAGUAAUGUAAAAUACGGUGGUUGUUGCCUAGUUUUGUACAACAACUAAAGUAAGAUAGAAAUAGCAAAAAGUACCACAUUGUACUUGUAAAAGAUGGUACAACGUACGAACUUAAACGCAGAAAAUCUCAACUUUACUUUAGUAUAUGCUACAACUCAAUCCUCGACAAAAACGAGCCAUACGAAAGUCAGGAACAUCAAAGGAACCACCUUCUUACCCUAUCAUAACAUACGCUGAUGACCCAUUUCCGGACUCAUAUAUACCGUAUCAAGCCCCAAGAUACGGAGGCUACACACCAACAACUACAGGAUGUUGUGGAUGUGGCUACUCGCCAUCCGGUCCACCUGGACCUCCUGGCUAUCCAGGUCGAGACGGAAGUGAUGGUCAACCUGGCCUUCCUGGUACACCUGGAAUGGAUGGUCCACCCCCAUUACCUGCACCACCUCCAAACUGGUGUUUUGCUUGCGAAACAGCCUUCCCCGGCUAUCCUGGAAAACCGGGUGCGCCUGGUCUACCUGGAAAGCCAGGCUAUCCUGGAGAAUCUGUUUAUAUGACUCCAGGACUACCUGGUCUACAAGGACCAAUGGGGCCACCUGGACCAGAAGGGGAGCCGGGUUAUCCGGGAGAACCUGGUGUGUCUGGUAAUAUCUUUGAUCUACCAGUUCAAGUUGGUCCACCUGGCCCGCCAGGACCUCCGGGCUACCCAGGUUAUCCUGGAAUGGCUGGAGUUGAUGGUGAGCCGGGCUACAUGGGAGAGACUGGCGAUAUGGGCGACUCUGGAUACCCAGGAAGGCCAGGAAAUAGAGGUGAAAGUGGUCGGUCUGGCAGACCGGGCUAUCCUGGACCGCCUGGAGAAUGCUCACAUUGCCCUUAUCCUAGAACUGCACCUGGAUAUUAA